AUGUCAAAGGGUAAGAGUAAAUAUGUGAUAGACCCUAUAAGCGUGAAGACCGCGUGCACCAGUGAAGAGUCGUAUAUUCGAUGCGUUGAAUAUGGAAAGGGGAAGGCACAUUACCCCAAUUUAUCGCUUCUGGCCAAGGCGAUUUUGGCUGGGGUUUUCGUCGGCGUCUGCGCGCACGCCUCAGGAAUAGCAGGCGGCCACUUCUACUACCACAAGCUGCGAGAGUAUGUGGGCAUCUCGAUGAGCGCAUUUGUGUAUGGAUUUACCUUUCCAAUAGCUUUCCUGUGUAUCAUUGCGACUGGAUCAGACCUGUUCACAGGAAAUACACUAGCCGUGACGACAGCUUUACUUCAAAGGAAAGUUAGUCUACUGCAGUAUCUGCGGGUAAUGAGUAUAUCCCUCUUUGGUAAUUACUUGGGAGCAGUAUCCUUCGCCUUUUUCGUUUCACAUUUAUCAGGAGCCUACGAAAAACAUACAGAUGUUACUAAAAAUCACAUCUUUCAGUUUUUAAAUGAUAUAGCGGAGAAGAAAAUAAGUCACACAUUUAUCCAGUGCAUCUGUUUAGCCAUUGGCUGUAAUAUCUUCGUUUGUCUAGCUGUAUAUUUUGUACUAACUAUUAAGGACGGAUCCGGCAUGGUCUUUAGUGUCUUCUUCGCUGUUUACGCAUUUGCCAUUGCAGGAUACGAGCAUAUUAUCGCAAAUAUGUACACACUUAACCUAGCCCUCAUGGUUGAAGCUAAAGUAACAUGGUCCAAAGUUUAUUUUCACAACUUACUACCGACACUGAUUGGGAACUACAUUGCCGGAGCGCUUGUUCUCGCGUGCCCACUGUUCUACAUUUAUCGCAAUAGCUAUAGGGACUAUGAGAGGACCCGUGGAGAUGGGAGUAACUGUGGUUUGAGGAGUCUCUCCAUAGAAAUGCAAAACGGUAGCAAUGGCAAUUGA